CAAUUACUCGAUUCACUGUCCUUUCUACAGUAUACUGAGGGACCAAUGUUAGACUAUCUUCCAACACCUCCUCGACGUCCUGCAGAUCGACCGAUUAGGCCGUCAGAAUGCUACCUGCGACCUCCCGCAGGAGCCCUAAUCUAUGGGUUAGCGACUUCAGUUUGUCACCUAAUGACUGGAGCAACUCUUCUCGAGGACAUGUCCUGAAUCCAGAUACCAAAGUCCUUUUCAUUAUCUCAAGCAAACAGUACAGCGCUCAUUUUCAUUUCCAGCCACCUCAAAACUGGCUCAAUGGUUUUCCUGCUGCUUUAGCCCGCCAGAACCAAAUUGUAACGUCAUAUUCUCAGCUCUCAUAUCGGCCAUAACGUUCAAAAUAUAGCAUUACCGAAGAACAUCUCUGACCCUUCCUUGUUGUUAUGGGUGAAGCCUUCCUACAGGCCAUAAU